ACCUUCCUCCCACAACCAAAACGUCUACUCUCCACGUCUUUCAUAACAUAUCAACCAUUUUAUUUUUAUUCCUCCUUCCGAGUUGAAACAGAUUUUAGAAUCGGAGAAAAUGGGCGAGUUGGCAGCGAGUUACCGGUUUGAGAAUCGAAGGGAUAUCACCAUGGUGACGAGCGGACGAGUUCACUCAGCACGAGAUGGGUUUUCGACUUCACCUGAGUUUUUGCCAUACCCAGUAGAGGUGAUUCGGGCGAGUCACGAGUCGAAGAAGGGAAAGAAAUGGGGUCGACUCAGUGAUCCAGAGAUGAAACGGAAGAAACGAGUUAUAAAGUAUAAAGUUUAUGCAAUGGAAGGUAAAGUUAAAGCUUCAUUUAGAAAAGGGUUGCAUUGGAUCAAAAAUAAAGUUUCUGCAUUUGUUCAUGGUUAUUGAAAUUAUUAUCACAAUAUUAAAAAAAUAGAGAAAUUAUUGUAUGAUCGAUCAAUACUCAAUGAUGGUCAAAGGAGAGAGAAAUUAUGAAUGUAGAUGAAAAAAUGAGAUGGAAAAAGCUUACUUAUUGAUGUUAAAAUGUAAUUUGUUUUCUGAUUUUAAUUUCUGUAAUCUAAUUAAUUUAUAA